AUGGAAGGUGAAGGAGAGAAUGCUCGAGUGGAAGUAGACGAUGAGAAAAACACCGAAGAAUCUAGUGAGGAAGAUGGUGAUGAAGAUGAAAUCGUAUACUCCAUCUAUAAUCCGAAGGUCAAAUGGAAUGUGAUGAAACCGGUUACUGGAGAAAGGAAUUUUAGUAGUUCAAGGCUUAUGAAUCCAACUUUGUUAGCAAAGCAGUUUGUGAAAGAACUAGUAAGGAAACCAACGUUAAAAUGCAAGGAAAUGCAGGGGCAAGGCAAGGGUGAGCUACUAACUGCAAUAGGUAGAGAUACAAAUAAUCAAAUUUACCCUAUAGCAUGGGAUGUUGUGGAGGUUGAAAACAAGGUUAAUUGGAAAUGGUUCUUGGAACUAGUUAGUGAAGAUCUUUCAUUGGAUGCUGGCAGGGGAUUAUAUGUCAUUAGUGAUCAACACAAGGGUCUUGUUGAAGCAACAAAGGAAAUUCUACCAUAUGUAGAGCACAGACAAUGUGCUAGGCAUAUUUAUGCCAAUUUUAGGAAAGUGUAUAAUGGGAUAGAAUUCAAAAACAUGUUUUGCGCAGCUGCAAAAUCCAUAACAGAAGGUGAUUUCAAGAUAAACAUGGAUAAGAUCAAGACUUUAAGUGAAGUCAUUGUAGAUGCUAGAAAGAAGACUCUUUUGGCUAUGCUUGAAGAAAUAAGACUCUACAUGAUGGAAAGCUUCUACAACUUAAGAGGGAAAGCACAUAAAUGGGAAGGUGAUGUGUGUGAAGUAGCACUUCUAAAGAUGGAGGAAUUUGCUAAGGAUAUAAGGACUUGUUAUGCAAUGCCAAGUGGUGUUAAUUCAGAUGAAAUUAGGAAUGGCUUUCAAAGUUAUGGAGUUGAUUUGGAACACCAUUACUGCAGCUAUAGACUAUGGGAGAUAGCAAGAAUACCUUGUGUGCAUGCCUAG